AGUGGUGUCAGUUGGAGAGAAGACAACCUGUGAACAUGUCUAACACGGCACAAGACAGAUAUGGAGGAAGUGUUGCUAAAGACAACAUAACAGCAACAGACAGAGCGGCAUGCACGGAGAACCUAACAGAGACUGAUGCCUUCAUCAAAAGCUCUCUAGCUUUGGAUCCCGCAGAGGAGUACAAGAUGGACAACAAAAAACGAGGCCUUGCACUCAUCUUUAACCAGGAGCGGUUCUUCUGGCGCCUGGGGCUAAAUGACAGGCAUGGAACAAAUGCUGACCGCUACAACUUGGAGAAAAGACUGAAGGAUCUAAACUUCGAAGUGAGGGCUUAUGAUAACUACAAACAGGUGGAAGUCUUAGAGAAAAUCAAUGAAGCCGCUGAGGCCAACCAUUCAGAUGCAGACUGCUUUUUGCUCGUCUUCCUGAGCCACGGGGAGAAUGAUCAUGUUUACACUUACGAUGGCAAGAUCAGCAUUCAGGAUAUCACAUCCCUGUUCAAAGGAGACAAGUGCAGGAGCCUCGUAGGAAAGCCAAAGAUCUUUAUAUUACAGGCAUGUCGAGGAGAUAAGCAUGACGAUCCAGUGACUGCCUGUGAUGCUGUAGACAGUGAGCUGAAGACAAAUGAGGUGGUGGUGGACGCCAGCGCUGUACACACUCUCCCUGCUGGGGCUGAUUUCAUCAUGUGCUACUCUGUGGCUGAAGGUUACUAUUCCCACCGGGAGACCCUCAACGGCUCCUGGUAUGUCCAGGAUCUCUGUGAGCUGCUUCAAAAGUAUGGAGACUCCCUUGAAUUCACAGAAUUACUGACACUGGUGAACAGGAAAGUGUCGAUGAGGAGUGUCGGGAACAGUUCUGACAGGAAUGCCAUUGGGAAGAAGCAAGUACCUUGCUUUGCUUCAAUGCUCACCAAGAAACUUUACUUCCGACAGAAACAGUAACAGUUUCAGACCUUAGCUGUAAAAUGAGCUGGUUUAAAUUCAGAUCUGGAAAACAGGCUCUCCUGGAAGAUUAUUAAGAAUUUUGCUGUUUUUCUAUAGUCCUCGCUGUACUUUGCUCAUAAACACUAAUAUUCACACAUCCGUUGAACAAUCAGUGAACUGGCAGCUGUCGUAUUUACAGUGAAAUCAGUGGUUACAAAAUAACAGAAACAACUUGUAUUCACAAGCACAGAAGAAAUACGACUAUUCUUUGCCUUAGGCCAUCACUACAUUUCUGAAACCUCAUGUCAUUUGAAACUGUGGUUUCAUUUGUCAGAUAAAGUUUCUUCUGGAGAAACUAUAUUUGUUGGCCGGGAAAACCUUGACCUGGUUUAUAAAAGGUUUUUGUAUUCACACGAUAGAUAAUCAGGACAGGGAAGUAUCUAUCUGAUGAGGGUAGAGGAGAAAUCUGAUUAUAGACCAGGCAGCUACUCAACAUGUUGUAGCAUGUGAGUUACUGGUUUAUCUUACCUUUCUGAGCCAGAUGCCUGUACUACGAAGCAGGAUUUUCUGUUAGCGAGGUAACUUCAGGGUUAACUCUGGGUUUUCAGCAUUAUGAAGCUGGUUCUCCUUUUACAGGGAUAAAUCACCAUGGUAACUUACAGAGAGAUCAUGUACAACACUUAACUUUAAUGUUGAUUUUAGCUGCAUUUACAGUGUGGCUGAUUAUACACUCUGAUUCCAUCACUGCAGCUCAAAUAACAUGAGACACCUGAGUCAUGAGAAGUGGAAAUGAAAAGACUGUAUUUCAGUAGAGAAAUAGUCCACACACUUUCAAUUGGCUCCUGUGAUUAUACAUGCAACAUUUUGGUCAGAUAGACCUCAUCAGUCAUGAACUACUUUUCCACUCUUCGGUAGCAGAAACCAUCUGGCAUUACUUUAAAGAGAGUAGCAAAACACACUCACUUGACACUUAACAGAUAUUUACUGAUACCUCCAUGUAUUUUAAGACUUUUAUUUUUUUCUGUUGUAAGAUCAGAAGCUAUCAUUUACAUUUCACUGCCAUGAACAGGACAAUUUGCUGUUCCUAAAACACAUCUUUCACACUGAUAAUUAUGAGCACCAUUGCAUCUAAUAUAACAUGAAGUAAGCUACUUCAUUCAUGGUUCUGAUGAUGUCACUGUAAUAUAACACUGUAACAACCACACCUCUUUCACAUAAACCUGCUUGUUGCUGGAUAGAAAAACCCAAAGCUGCCUGAGGGAGUUGUUAACCAGCUUUGUGAUACUGUUUACCCAGACAGUCAGUGUUAGCUAAAAGAUAUCCUUUUAAAAAACAAAACAUCAGCCUUUAGGGAAAACAGCAGAUGUAUUUGCCAGUAUCCACCAAUGUGCUUCCAAUAGUCUAAUGCAAGAGUGACUUUACAUCCAGUACUAGCUUAUAAAAACCAUAAUGUGAAUGUUUUGCGUAUAUAUGACAUAAAUGCGGUGAGUUAAAUCAGGGGUAAUUUUUGAGACUAUAUGGUCUUGUUGUAUUUCAUUAUGUUUUAAGUUGUUCCUGUUAUUUUGUCCAACUCCUGUAAACAUGUUGCACUUCCAAGUAAUUGCUUUUAGACUGCAGGAUUAUUAUGGACCGUAUUCUGUGUUCUUUUCUUAGCCUUUUGUUACCAUUUUAUUUGCUUCGAUAAUCUAGUUUCAACUACUGUGGUACCACACAAAUGUUGCCUUAUCCCGCAGCUGAGAAGACAGUAGAGGUUGACAUUUCCAGUGCCCAUGCAAGCUUUCCUCAGACUCUAAGUAAGCUGGAAAUUUCAGAUGAGUCUGGUUUUCUUGACUGUAAAAUCAGUUGCAGGAAUGUCUGCAAAUCAGACAAAUACUUUCCAAUUAACUGUAACUUGCGAGGCAGGUGACAGAACAGCACAACAACCAGGUAACACUACUUCUGUUUAUCCCAUCAGGGUUUUGUACUACAAUAUCUCUCUAUAAACAUGCUGUUUGUCCUCAAACUCGCUCCAUCAAAAAGGGAAUUCAUGUUCGUGCUGUUCUUUGUGUUGUAGCAGUUUUCACUACAUUUAAAAAAAAUGCAUAUUUGCACCCAACAUGGCAACAAACACCUGUGUGAGAAGCACCUCAGGGAGGAGGCUGUACUGUGGACCUAAAACACUUCUAGCUGUGUCACAUGAUAUGACUCAGGAAAAACAAAGCUACCAGCAUACACUGAUCCUGUAUCUCUGUGGUCGUACUGUUGUGACUUUGUGUAAUAAAAUCUAUGUGACAUUUUA